AAAAAGCGGAGUUGAUUUGAUACCAGGACACACAAAGAUUAACUAUAAAGCACACACAUUUAAAAAAUAUAUAAAAAGGAUAUUAUUAGUAGGUCAAAAGUAAUUAACUGACAAAUAAAUUGGGAUUGUUCAUUGUAAAAUGCGUGAAAUUGUUCAUCUACAAGUUGGACAAUGUGGUAAUCAAAUUGGAUCUAAGUUUUGGGAAGUGAUUUCUGAUGAACAUGGGAUCGAUCCAACAGGAGCAUAUCAUGGUGAUUCAGAUCUCCAGCUGGAAAGGAUUAACGUUUACUAUAACGAAGCAAUGGGAGGAAAAUACGUUCCACGCGCAAUAUUAGUAGACUUGGAACCAGGAACAAUGGAUAGUGUUCGUGCAGGUCCUUUUGGUCAACUUUUUCGUCCAGAUAACUUUGUAUUUGGACAAAGCGGUGCAGGAAACAACUGGGCUAAAGGUCAUUAUACUGAAGGUGCUGAACUUGUAGAUUCAGUAUUAGAUGUGAUGCGUAAGGAGGCAGAGAACACGGAUUCUCUUCAAGGUUUUCAAUUGACUCAUUCACUUGGUGGUGGAACUGGUUCAGGUUUGGGAACACUGUUGAUUUCUAAAAUUCGUGAAGAGUAUCCUGAUCGAAUAAUGAAUACAUUUUCAGUUGUUCCGUCACCAAAGGUCUCAGAUACUGUUGUCGAGCCAUACAAUGCUACGCUCUCUGUACAUCAACUUGUUGAGAACACUGAUGAAACUUUCUGCAUCGACAACGAAGCGCUCUAUGACAUAUGCUUCAGAACACUCAAGUUAACUAACCCCACUUAUGGAGAUCUAAAUCACUUGGUCAGUGCAACCAUGUCUGGAGUGACCACCUGUCUCAGAUUCCCUGGACAACUGAAUGCUGAUCUACGGAAACUGGCAGUGAAUAUGGUCCCAUUCCCUCGACUGCAUUUCUUCAUGCCAGGAUUCGCUCCAUUGACAAGUCGUGGCAGUCAACAGUAUCGCUCAUUAACUGUGCCUGAACUGACACAACAAAUGUUCGAUGCAAAGAAUAUGAUGGCUGCCUGUGAUCCUCGUCAUGGUCGUUAUUUGACAGUGGCCGCGAUCUUCCGUGGUCGUAUGUCAAUGAAGGAGGUGGAUGAGCAGAUGUUGAAUGUGCAGAAUAAGAAUUCUAGUUACUUUGUUGAGUGGAUUCCGAAUAAUGUGAAGACUGCAGUAUGUGAUAUUCCUCCUCGUGGUUUGAAGAUGUCGGUGACUUUUAUUGGUAAUAGUACGGCUAUUCAAGAGUUGUUUAAACGUGUUUCUGAACAGUUUACCGCAAUGUUCCGUCGUAAAGCGUUUUUACAUUGGUAUACAGGUGAAGGUAUGGAUGAGAUGGAAUUUACUGAGGCUGAAUCAAAUAUGAAUGAUUUGGUAAGUGAAUAUCAACAAUAUCAAGAUGCAACAGUUGACGAUGGAGAAUUUGAUUAGUUCACUUUAUCACAGAAAUUUCCGUGUAUUUAUCUAUCAUUCGAGUAUAUAUGGUGAAAAUUACUGACUGUUAACCUGAAUUAAUUAUCUUGUCGUUUUACACUACUUAUCAGUAGUUAGACGUCUUUAUGAAAAUUAUGUCAUUUAUGUAUAAGUGUGAAUGGGGUUUUCAUUAGACAACCCACAAAUAAAAUUAUCUAUUUUGC